CAGGAACUUGGUAAUCUGUGUGAUUCAGUGGAUUUACACCACGCUCAAGGAGGUACAUUCAAACCAACCGCCAUGAAGACCUGCGCACGUAUCAUAGCGGUCGUCAAGGAAAACGCUUUGUUGGUCCUCACGCUGGUGGGCGUGGCACUGGGUAUUGGACUGGGAUUCGCGGUCAGGGAGACAAACCCGUCUGACACCGCUCUGAUGUGGCUAGGUCUGCCUGGUCAGCUGUAUUUGCGUCUGUUGAAGAUGAUGAUAGUGCCGUUGAUCGUCACAAGCGUCAUUUCAGGUACAGCGUCUCUGGAGCCACGUGCUAACGGUAAAAUCAGCGUGGUUGCAUUCACUUUCGUGUUUCUAACGAACUUACUGGGUGCUGUCCUCGGGGUUUUGACUUUCCUUGCGUUUAAACCUGGUAACACAAGUGGCAGGAUUCUUCAACAGGUUGCCAGUAUAAGCCACCCAAUUAAAACCUCGGACAUAUUGGCGGACUUGCUCAGGAAUAUUAUACCAGAUAAUUUGUUCGAGGCGACAUUUCGACAGACGCAAACCUCAUAUGUAGAGACAACCAUUGUGAACCUUACCGGCAACAUGACUAACACACAAUGGGUGAAGGAAGUAGGAAAAAGCGACGGACCAAACCUGUUAGGUUUGAUUUUCGCUUGCACUCUGCUGGGUAUAGCAGCAGCGUCAGUGAAAGGCAGAGGAAAACCACUUAUCGACUUCUUUGAGGCCGCAACUCAGACAGUUAUCGCCAUUAUAAGAUGGUUUCUAUGGACAACUCCCAUUGGUGUCCUCAGCCUCAUCUUAGUUGCUGUUGCGGGUUUAUCAGACGUUGCCGUCAUUUUUAGCGACCUUGGCAUAUUCAUAGCAGCAGUGACCGUUGCCUUGGUGGUACAACAGUUGGUUGUUAUGCCGCUAGUGUUAUUCGGAUUGACGCGGCGAAAUCCCUAUGCACACAUGCUUGGUAUUUCAAGGCCUUGGAUUAUUGCUUUUGCAUCCGCAAGCACGGCGGUGGCGAUUCCGGAAAUGCUAUAUGCAUGUGAGGUGAAGCUUUCUACGGAUAGACGGAUAGCCCGCUUCGUGAUCCCUUUCAGUGUCACUGUUAGCGCUAACGGAAGUGCUGUAUUCAUUGCAUGCUCUUGCCUAUUUAUUUCAAACUUCUCUGGAAACUUCCCUUCGAUUGAUAUCGUUUUCACAACGGGCGUUCUAUCGACGGUGGCUUCCCUUGCAAUCCCAUCGGUUCCUAGCGCAUCUAUCGUAUCCAUAGUGAUGAUUCUGACGUCACUAAAUAUUCCUGCGGAAGCCGUUGCACUUUUAUUGGCAGUUGACUUUUUCUUAGACCGUGUGCGGACCACAAGCAGUGUUGUAAGUCAUACCAUGUGUGCAGUUGUAACUUACCACAUGUGCAAAAACAGUUUAACACCGCUUGAUGAUGAAAACGACCUUGCUGAUGUCGAACUGCAAGUCGUACCAGAAGAAGGCAAAUUAUUAUCUCAAGAAGUUGACGCCAAUGUUUAGAACAUGAAACUCUUUCAAAACGUUCUCUGUAUACUGUUUGAACGGAUUUUGAUUCAAUAAGCUAGUUCACGAUACUCGGUAUCAACAUUUUAU